AUGCUCUACAGGUUCUAUCAAGCCUUCUCCCGCGACUCCGUAUUCGUGCGAUUCGAAGAAGGGUGCCCUCAUCACUUCGGAACUACUAACCCCGAAGUAAUGGACAUUUUGUUUCGGAACGCCAUGGUGGAGAAGAACCACUGGGCAGAUAGCGCUCGGCAGGAAUUCCUGAAGGAGGGUACGAAAGAUAGCGAUGCAAAUGAUCGUGUUGAAUUCGCCGACGACGGAGACGCACUUAUGCAGUCGUUGGAUAAGAUGAAAGAGCUAUUUCAGGUCAGGAAUGCUAAUGUCGCUGAGAGCGAGAGACCCAUUAGCAUGGCUGAGUUCAUGAAGGAAGGAAUGGCCUUAGGUGUCGGUCCGCCCACCUGGUGCAGCGAUCGGAUAGGAGAAUCAAGCACUAUGCUCCCAGAUGGGACCAAGGUAUGUAUUGGAGGAAAACACAUAGACCUCUGCGAUCCCGAUUUCACGAUCUAUAACGAUGUCAUCGUGCAUCAUCCUGUCAAAAAUUCUGGUUGGAAGCGCUCUACCAUCUACGGAUAUCCCAGGGAAGAGCACCCACCGACAGCCUCCCACACUGCGAAACCUGUCCCCAGUCUCGAUUCCAUCUUCAUUAUCGUCAACUUCUUCGUUCCAAAGGGCACAUCUUCGAUUCCCGUCUAUCGCCUCAACGCCAUGGACUGA